CUUUCCCCUCAAUUCCUGAUAGAUUUCCUGAUAGAUUUCUCACAAUCUACAAUCCCUUACAGUCCUACAUGGCGCCCAAUCACGAUAUAGCUACUCGGGCCCUAGUUGUUGCCCUAAAAUCCCCAUCAGGGGGUAAGACAACGCAGCAGGUGGUGUCAAUUACUGCGCUCUCCAAGCGCACUGUCGAUAGCAUCUACGCUCGAGCAAUCAAGCGUGGAUUUGACCCAAAUGCUGUCCCUCUUGUUAUCAAAGACGAAUAUCUGGAAGAUGCCCCCCGCUCUGGCAGGCCGAGCAAGCAGACUAGUGAGGUUCAGCAAUCGAUCUCUCAGAAACCAGGAACUCAACAUCGAUAUAUCAGCUGCUACUGUCUAUCGAUGUCUCAAGAGCAUGGGAUUCAAGAAGACGAAGCCAACGAGGAAGCCUGGACUGACGAAGAGGAUGAGAGCAGAACAACUUGCAUGGUGCCUGGAGCAUAAGGAUUGGACUUUAGAAGACUGGAAGAAU